AUGGCGUCAACCAAACAAACCAUCAAACCAACUCACGACGAAUUGAAUGCCUACAGUCUGCAAAAUGGAAGCUCAGAAAAAACCAAACUCGUGUAUAGGCAAAGGUCGAGCAUGACACUAUCCGAAAGACUUGAUUUACCCUUUGCCCUACUUUCAGUGCCGUUUGUAGCGUUCUUUGCUAUCCUGACGGGCCCGUUCCGAGCUAGAAAGCAAAGAUUGAAUCCCCAGCAGACCAUUGCAAGAUCUAUGUUGUUGCAUGUUGGGUAUUCGAUUUUUAGACGGGUUGUGGCGCGAUUUUCGCCUUUGCAGGUUCAAGCUAUUCUGCCGUCUACUGCGACAGAGUAUAAAAUUUAUACUUGGAAAAAAUGGAUCAAAGGGCAGUCCGUUGAGCUCGGAGAUGGUGCCACGGGCCAUUGGGUAGGAAACCCCAAUGCAAAAAAUGUCCUUAUCUGGAUACACGGUGGCGGAUUUGCCGUCCCCGCAAACAGAGGCUACUUUGCCUUUUUUGACAAAUUCCUCAAAGAGAUGCGCGCAGCAAACAAGGACAUCUCCGUCUUCAUGGUUGCAUACACGCUCGUCCCCAAGGCAGUCUAUCCCAUGCAACUGCGUCAAUGCACAACUGCACUUCGCUACAUUCUCGAUAAGACGGAACGCAAAGCCGAGAAUGUCUACUUUGGUGGUGACUCUGCGGGUGGUAAUCUUGUCCUUGCGGUAUUGAGUCAUAUCGCGCACCCUCAUCCUGAAGUUGAGCCUCUCAAGUUAUCUGAUGGGGAGGAGUUUGGCGGUGCAACGCUUUUGUCACCCUGGACUUCGCUAGAGACUACCUUCCCUCCGCAGGAUACUGAGCCAUUAGGUGAUUUGAUUCAUCCAGAUUGCGCAAAGUCAUGGGCUGGGAGCUAUUUGGCUGGAAGUGAGAGGGAUAAUUAUACAGAUGCGCGACUAGCGCCUAUCGACUGGUGGCACAAUCUUCCUAUCAAGCAUGUACUUGUCACGGCUGGGGGUUAUGAGUUGCUGUUGCCCUUUAUCGAAGAUUUUGCGAGUCGGCUGAAGGAAGGUCUUGACGGAGAUGAGAGUGAUGGUGGAAAAGUUGAGUUCUUUGUGGGUGAGAAGGAGGCGCAUGUUGCACCUAUCUACUUUACUCAAUUUCAAAAGAAUUUUUUCAAACAUCUUCAACUCAAACCCCGAUUCAAAUUUAAGCUCUUCCAAGUCACCGCUCUCCUCUCCCUUUUGGCCACAACCACCAUCGCCACUAGCGGCUUCUCAGCCACCUGUGAUGGCUACGAUCCCAUUGAAGGCGAUUUCCUCGAUGCCGAGUGUCAGGGUUCGCCAGGCAAGGAAGAGACUUAUCUUGACCUGAAAAAAUUCGUCGCCAAUCUAGGCAAUCAACUGGUUGCUCAGGUCAAGUAUGUGAAGUUUACUCCGUUCUCAAGAUCACAACGAAGUAAUAUUCUCGCGCAGUGGUAA